AUGUACGAGCAGGCGCUGUCGAGCUCCUCUGUGUUUGUUGGAGGCCUAACGCCGCCUCAGCAAACUGACGUGUUCCUGGCGCACCGCAACAGCGCGGGUGCUUCGCCGGAGUACAAGGCGCUUCGCGCAGCGUUGUGCGGUUUGAGUCGCUCAUCGCUGCGUGGAGCCGGUGACCUCCACAGCGGUGUCGAUAGCGGUGGUGGUAGUGGGAGUGGUGGUGGUGGUGGUGCAAUUUCAGUCGCUGCGGCCCGCCAUUUUCUUCGUGUGUCGCACUUCGAUGGGUGUGGCGUGUCAGCCAUCCCCACACCGCCUGUGCCGACCGACCUGAUGUUCACCGCUCUGACGCAGCGCAGGCAGUGUUAG